GAGAGAAACGCCGAACGAGGUCAACAAUAAAUAGAGGAAAGCCGCUCGACCUUUCGCAGAACGUGGUAAAACCGUGGAGAAAGGGAGGAGGUCCCGCGAACACAUAGAUCUACUGUGGCCAACACCCCCCUGUCAGUAUCUUGAAAUCUUCCUUCUCGCCGGUGCCGACCGCACUGACACAGGACUGGUGGCCCACUGUUGUGUAACUUAUAAUAGAUCUCUCCAGUCUGUUGUGUAACUUAUGAUAGAUCUCUCCAGUCUGUUGUAAACUUUUCCGAACUGUGACGGGAAAUAUUUCAUUGUUUUACAAAACCUACUAAUAAGCUGAUCAAAGACUUCAUGAACACCACCCAGUACAACCGGGAUGGGAGCUACAUGUCAGACCAGACCAUCCGCAACCUGUGGGCCCUGACAGCCUCCAUCUUCUCUGUGGGAGGGAUGAUAGGGGGCAUUACAGGGGGCUGGUGGGCCACCAAGCUGGGACGGAAAGGAGGGAGUCUGGCCAACACUGCUAUUGGUAUUGUUGCCGCAGCCCUCAUGUUCGCAAGUCGACGAUCAGAAGUUUAUGAGCUUGUCAUCAUUGGAAGGACUAUCGUUGGCAUACACAGUGGUCUGUACUCGGCUCUGAGUCCCAUGUACCUGUCAGAGAUCAGCACGCCCAACAUCCGCGGCGCGAUCGGCGUCCUCCAUCAGCUGGCUAUUGUGUCUGGCAUGUUGGUCUCCCAGAUCCUGGGGUUCCCAGUCAUCCUUGGCCAAGAGGAUCUCUGGGACGUCCUACUGGCAUUGACCACACUACGGGGUGGAGAUUCUGUAGAAGACGAGGUAGAAGAAAUCCAGCAUGAGAUGGCGGCAGAUGAGGAGACGGUGUCGAUCAUACAGCUGUUCAGACUGCCCUCAUUGCGCACCCCGAUAAUCAUUGGAAUUGUGAUGCAGCUGUCCCAACAGUUAUCAGGAAUCAACGGGGUGUUUUUCUACUCUACGAGUCUGUUUGAGGAGGCUGGCAUGUCUGAAACUGAUGCCAAAUAUACGACCAGUGCAGUGGGAGCAGUUAUGGUCACUAUGACUUUAAUAACGGUACCUUUGAUUGACCGCCUGGGUCGUAGGACUCUUCACCUGGCUGGGCUGGGCGGCAUGGCAGUGUUCAGUGUGCUCAUCACUAUCUCGCUGGCUUUGGAGGACCAGGUCUCCUGGUUUGAUGUAGUCACCAUACCAGUCAUGUUGCUUUACGUCGUGUUCUUCGCCCUGGGACCCGGUUCCAUCCCAUGGCUGAUUGUGGCUGAGUUGUUCUCCCACAGUGCGCGGCCAGCUGCCAUGUCCGUCUGUACGCUGGUCAACUGGCUGUUCAGCUUUAUUGUGGGAUUUGUGUUUCCCUCUAUACAGGAGGGUCUUCAGGACUACACGUUUCUGCCCUUUACAGUUCUCCUUGUGUUGUUCUUCAUAUUCACAUUUUUCAAAGUUCCGGAGACCAAAGGAAAGACCUUCAAAGAAGUUGCAGCCAUUUGGGAAGCUAACGGAGACACGACCUUAUCAACGGGGGCGGGGCUCAAGUACUUGGGUAAUGACAUCCCGGCCAAUGGCAAUGGGACAGUCGACGAAGGAGACAAGGAUAAGUCAAGUCCAGGCUAUGGAACCACAAAUCUGGCAUACUCAAAUGAUGCAUAGGGCCAGAAUUGGAGGGACAAAGGGACUUCAAGGAUGCCUGAUUAGUAACAUUUUUUUUACAUGUUGUGCAAAACAAAUGGGAACACCACAAUUCAUAUACACCAAUUAUAAUCAUUCAGGGUCAGAUUUCAUGGUCUCUUGAUACGAGAAUAAGCUAUGUAUGUUCAUAUAUCAUACUUUUCUGCUUUAAGAAAACAGCCAAAAACUUUCACUCUAUGGUGCUAUUUCUUCAACUCGUGAGCAAAGAUCCUAACCAGAAGAUAAGAGGGGUAUUUUUCUAUGAUCUGUAAACAGCGUACAGAUUAUGUGAUUGGGAAGUUCAUUUUUAAAAUUUGCAUCCACAUCUUAAUCAGAAGAUACGAUGCGCUCUAUAUUAUUGUUCAAAGAAAAUCUUUAAAAUGCUCAACAACAGUAAGUAAAAUCUUAACCACCAUAUAUUUUGAAUAACCAUCUGUUCACAUAAUGUUUACAUGAUCUAACUGUUUUGAUGGCGACUUUAAAUGACUUCACUUACUAACAUUGAUUUACAAAUCCUGAGCAAUGAAUUGUUUUCCUGAAAACUAUUCUGUUUUGAUUGGAUUUGGGGAUCCAACCCUGGGAUUUGAUCUAAAUGUUGAUAUGGCCUUGCUUCCAGACCUCUCCUAUGAGGAUGACGAACUUGAACGUUUUGAGAACUUUGUUCGCAUAUUCGAGACAUUUAGGGAAUAGGAAGUAGAAGAAAAGCCAGCCAGGAUCAGACAACUCUAAUUGGUAUAGCAGAUUUGAAAAGAGAGACUACACAUGUGUGUAUGUAUGUAUAUAUUAUAAUAUACAAUUUGCUGCAAAAGUGAGAAUUUAUUUUUUUUAUGUGUUCUCUCUAUAUAAAAUAUAAAUGAAACGCAAGUAUAUCAUACAAAAUAUCGAGGGAUACAGUGCAUUUUGAAACAAACAAAUAAUUUUCAAGACAAUUCUUAUCAUAAUGUCAUGGAGUGGAUGGAGUUUUUAAAAUUAUGAUAAUGAUAGAGAUUGAUGUCGAAGGCUAAUUGAUGAGGCAUUUUCUUGAGCUCUCAGAGGUCAAAGGCUUUCGGAGAGUUUCUGCCUCAAUCAUUUUGCUAAGAAUUCCUUGGCCAGUCCUGUUUUUAUUACCCUAUUAGAUCCUUCUUUAAUCUUAGACAUCCAGUCCACUGAACAAAAACAGAAAAAAUGACACUUCAUUAAAUAUUACUAUCUAUGUGUGUGGCCUGAGAAGCACCUGUUUAGUCAGACAUUGAGUAAAUAAGUUGAUAGUUUAAAAUAGAGAAUCGAGUGUUGAAUAAAUACUGUGUAAAGUGUUGAGAUGACUGGAGAAGCCCUCAAGAAGCAACACAGCUUUUGAGCCAUUAUACAAAAACAAGUAUUUGAGAAAGGAUUCUUCUAAGUUCUACGUUUCUGCUAGCCUCAAUAACAUCCUCUUUUCAAAUAACUUUUUAUAAGAUGCGAAGAAGCCAAAUCAAACUGACAUUCUUCUAGUGUGUGCUUCAGAAAUGGUCAAAUCAAUGGAAUUUUUUUUUAAGAAUUUCGUUUCCAUCCAGAAAUCACAAAUUGUUUUAACAUUUUUUUUUGGGGGGGGGGGGGGCAGCCGUUUACUCGAAACAGCACUGCCGACUCUUUAGAUUCGUCCCCAGGCUCACACACAUGAUAAUAUUAUGCCACAUUUUAGUGCACCAAAUGAAUCUGUGUAUAAACAACCAAAAAUUCAACUGCGCAGUAAACGUAGACACACAAUGACAUGUACAUUCAAAUUUGACUAAACUACGUUGCUUUCAAUAAUCUUGUUCUGUUGUACUGAAUCUCUCAGAUUAACUUCGUCACCAUCAUUCAUCAUUGUCUAAUGUUAAAAUACACGGUUUGAAGCCUGACAGCAACCGAAAAUACUUCUUCUCUAGAAUUGUUUCUGUUCACUUCCUUUCAUGUUCUCAAGUCAUGUUUAGUCAUUCUGCUUUCAUCUCCAUCCUCCACCCUCCUCUGUGCUCUUCUCUCCUUUACUCCCGACUUCUUUCUACAGCUAAUACUUGCCCCUUCUUACUGCUGUCUUCUAGCCACACCCUGAAUCUUCUCAGGGUAGGCCAAAAAUCUUGGAGGUCCCAUUCGCAAUUUACUCACAUUGAAGAUCCCUUGGUUUGAGUUUUUGAGUAAAGAGAAGCACAUUGACACAAUUACGGUCUUUUAUUGCUGGGAAAAAGUAAGACAGACAGACAGAAACAACAGAGGGAAAGUAAAGAAGUAGGGCCUACCAGCAGCGCCGUCCAACCACCUUAAAUCGAUAUGAAUAAGCUUCAGCUGUCACCUGGGAAAAUUUUAAGUUUCUACCAAAAUGACAAUACUGUAGUCAAUAUAACCUAUUCUUUGCCAUAUCGACAGACCAAAGGGCUAGAACCCAAAUGGCCGCUGGAUCGGAAAAGUAAAGUAAAUUAAAGUAAAGUAGUCAAUAUAAAAACAGUUAGAGUGCCUUUAAAAAUGGAAUUUUGCUGCCUGAAGGCAAGGGGCCCUACUAAAUAGGGAAAAUGGUCACAUACCCAAAAAUCAGUCGCAUUGCAAGUUGAAGAACCAGGAGUCGACUACCCCUGAGAUCUAGCAGGGGAACGCAUAAAAGAAGAAGGAGAGGAGAAUUUUUUUUUAAACAGUUUAUUUCGAGCAGUAUUUUAUGUUUAGUUCUUCUAAAUCUGUUGCUAUCUUUAGAGGAUGAGUAAGACUAUAGCGCCAAUCAGGGAGUCUUAUCUACUCCUCAACUUAAUUGAUUUUCAGUUUUUUAGAAAAUUUGACUUUCUGCAAUGUUGAAUGAUGGCGAUGACAUGUAAUAUAUCUCUCAGUAAUCAACAGAUUUCUAUAUUUAUUGUUUCAAGUAUUUGGACCUGAACAUAUAUAUUUGCAUUUCUGUAUGCUUGUUUCUAUAUUCAUUCAAAUCUCUAGGAAUAUCAAAGCUGUGCAACUUGUGUGUUCAGAGACUGGAUGGUUAUAGUAGCUUAUAACAUGUAUAUAUUUGUAUUUACUUUUGGUUCCUUAUGGGGCUUAUUCAGUUCUACUUAUUCCAUUCACUAACGGGCACAGUGUGGUUCUUUCUAUGACGAGAAUUCUGGCCUUUCUUACUGCUGAGUAAACCCUGAUCUUAAUACUGUUUAUUAUUGCUGGGUUUUUUUUGUUGCUGCUGCUGCUAUUGUUUGUUUGUUGUUGUCGUUGUUGCUGUUGUGGAUAUUGUUGUUAAUGUUGUUUUUGUUUUUUAUUUUUGUUGAUAACUUUUUGGUAGUAGUUUUCCCUUUUUCAAGGGAUGGAUUUUUUUUAAGAGUUCAGUGUUUGUCUUUUUUCUUUCUUUCUUUCUUUUUGGUUCGUUCUUUCUUUUUUUCUUUUUCGGAAGGAGGGAUCAUAAUGUUGUUUGUAUUUUCCGUUGUCAAAAUUCACAUCCAUCUACAAUUAUUAUUGAAACCUGUAUGGAUUGCUGCUGUGUCUUCUGUGCUAAUUAAAUUUUGUCUUUUUAAUGCUUUUCAAAUGAUA